UUCGCAAUCAGACAUGCGAGACAGCCAAGCCAGCGAAGGUCACCAGUAUAUUCUUCAGCAAUAUCACACAAUGGGGCCAGAAACCGCAGAAGUUCCUCAACGAGAGCCAGGAACUUGCUCAGAUAUUCGCCUUCACGGAGUCCCACGUGCCGCAGUCAGGCAUCACGAAGCUGAAGAAAGACCUGAGCAAAGAUGGAUGGAAAGCAGCAGUCACGGAGGGCAACAGCGGAGGCGAGCUGCUCAUCGCCAAGGCGCACUUGGCGACCACAACGUUCGACGUGAUGAGGGAGACCCUCAAGGCUCAAGGACGGCAGGACCCAUUCAGAGGGUUCACGGCCAUGACUAUCCACCUCAGCGGAGGCAAUGUCGUUCUCUUCUCCCUCUACCUGCUUCACAAGGAGGGCAUGCAGGGCAGCAACUUUGAAAAGAUCAAGGCGCUCUCGACGGUCAUAGGGAGCAUCACAGAUCCUUGGAUUAUCAUGGCAGAUUGGAACAUGCCCCCGCCCCUGGUCGAGAAGUCAGGCCUCCCCACACGUUUGGGAGGCAAGGUGAUCGUUCCGAAGAUCCAGGCCACCUGCGACAAGGGCAAGGGCA